GAACAGUUCACCGCCAACAUGGCUGCCUCCUGCAGGACGUGAUCCAGCUCAUAUAACAACAAUAUAUGUCAUAUAUUUAUAACAUAUAGAAUAUCUAUAAUAUAAACAAGAAGUGCAAAAUGAUCACAGAAGCGACACAGCGGUUACGGUCCGCGGCGCCUCUUUUGUCUAAAGCGGCUUCACUAAACGAUGCGCGGCUUUUCGGAGUCCAACCGCGGCGACAUCUCAAUGUCAGCAGCCGCCGAGCCGGCAAGAUCAACCACCGGCCGCCCCCGAGGGACCGGGUGGAGAUCCCAGGCCUGGAGGCCGUGACCUACGCGGACAGGAUGCACUACGUCCCGGGCCUGUCAAAGCCGGUGUUCCCGCGGUGGGAGAUGGGCCACAAGGACCCGCGCUUCUACCGGUCCCCGCCGCACCGGGACAUGGCCCUGCAUCGGGAUGAGCCGUGCUACGUAUUCCACCAGCGGAGCAGCAUCCUGGAGGGGGUGCGUCAGGCGCUGUGGCUGACCAAGACCAAGCUGACGCCCGGCCUGCCUCCUCAGCUCCUCGCAUUGGCCGAGAGCUCGGCCAAUCAGAUCGCGGAUCAGGAUGAGCGCGUGCAGAAUGCCAUCAACCACGCCUGCUUCUGGGAGACGACGGAGGCGGAGCCUAAAGAGUGCAACAGCUCCACUCUGGUCCACAACCUGCUGCAGCUCUGCUCCAGCCUGCAGGCCGGCCGCCCCGAGCUAGGGAGGAGGAUGCUGGCCGAGAAGUACUCCGUCACCGCCUCCUGGAGCAGAGGUGAGGACCUGUUCCAGGUCAGAGGUCAGAACGGGCUCCUGCUGAGCAGUGCCUGGCCCCUCCCCCCCCUCGCUGACAGACAGGAAGUGGAGGAGACGGCGAACCACGAGCUGGAGACCUUCUACCCCGUCGCCCCAACCAUUGACCUGCAGACCACCCACCUGUACAACCCCUCAGAGAACACCACAGGGUUCAGGAGUGACUACCCUUACCCCCACGCCCACACGCUCUACUUCCUGGACGGCGUGGACCGGCGCUGCAGGCUCCGCCCCCCUCAGCUACGAGCCAAGAUGAUCAUGUUCUGCUUCGCUAAUGCCCUGGCCCGCGCCCGUGGCCUCGCCCCCCCGGAGGGCCCCGCCCCCCCCCUGGAGCGGCCGGUGUGCGUCCAGGCGGUCGGGACGGACGGACAGACCUUCCAGUUCGUCUUCUUCCAGCUGAACACGACCGAGCUGACAAACCACAGCGGGGUCAAGAACCAGGUCUGGCUGGAGGAAGAUGUUCCGCUCUAUGACUCCGCUAGGCUCCGCCCACUCAUGAGGAGGAAGGAGGUGAUGGUUCCUGCCGGUCUGAUUGGCUACCGGCCGGAGACGUUCAGGAAGUUCCUCUCGCUCUACCUCCAUGGAGCCCAGUGAUGUGUGUGUGUGUGUGUGUGUGUGUGUGUGUGUGUGUGUGUGUGUGUGUGUGUGUGUGUGUGUGUGUGUGUGUGUGUGUGUGUGUGUGUGUGUGUGUGUGUGUGUGUGUGUGUGUGUGUGUGUGUGUGUGUCCCUGAAAAAUCAGGCAAUAAAAAUAUCGUCAA